GGUGCAUCAGCGUUUGGUCGAAAGGCUGCGCGUCACGCACGCGUCGCGCUCACAGCCGAGAUUUUAUAGACACGUUCACAUGCGUUUGUAAUAUCCGGGUUGGAAGGAGGGAGUGUCUCAGAUUCCCAACAGAAACACGCUGGAAAGAGCAGCCAGAGAGACGUGCUCCGCGGAGUAUGGCAUCGGGCAGAGGGAAGCGGAAGCGCAGCGCGAUGGAAACGGGUUCCAGCUCCUCCGUCAGGAUUUAGAUCGGGGUCCGCGAUGGAAAAGCCGCUGUGCUCGUCGCAGCCCGCGGAGAGGAGGCUGGCGGCUCGGACGGGCUCGGGCUCGGGAUCGGGAUCGGCCUCUCUCGGGUUCGGAGCGUCUCCGGCGGGGAACAUUGCGCCGCUGCAGCCCGGACGAACGCGCAGGAUAGAGGGAGUGCUGAGCAAAUACACCAACCUCAUCCAGGGCUGGCAGAACAGGUAUUUCGUGUUGGACCCUGAUCUGGGUCAGCUGCAGUAUUUCAUGAGCGAGCAGGGACGAAGUCAGAAGCCCCGCGGAUCCCUGCCUCUGAUUGGUGCGUCUGUGAUGUCGAGCAACGAGGCACCUCACAUGUUCAUCGUCAGCUCAGCCAAUGGGGAGCUCUUCAAACUCAGAGCGGUGGAUGCCACAGAACAGCAGCUUUGGAUGACGCAGCUACAAGCCUGUACCAGACGCCACUCUGACAGCAGUGCCAAGAUGAGGAAACCGAAGGAUUGUGAUGAGCAUCUGUGUGUCGACCAAACUCAGAACACACUGGACGCACAGGGUUCAUCGGGCCGGACGCGAAGUUUCUCUCUGCUUCCUCACCUCCCUCCGUCUUCCUCUCCUGUAUCUCAGAGACAUCUGCCUCUCCACGGGCCUCCGAGCAACAUCGUUACCAUCACGCACCACAAGUCGCCUGCAGCCGCCCGCCGUGCCAACAGCCAGUACCCAGAGCGCAUCCUGGAGGUCAAAGAGGUUAUGAUUCAGGUCGAGGGGCAGCAGAAGAGUCUGGUCCAGUCCAUCGAGUCUCUGCCGAUGCGAGGAUCCCUGUCCUGUUUGGAUCAGGACCUGCUACUGCUGAAAGCCACCUCUGCCGCUACCCUGAGCUGCCUUGGCGAGUGCCUGAAUAUAUUACAGCAGAGCGCCGGACACAACCACGGGCCGCCCUCCGGUGAGUCCAAUACGGACACCCUACAGACGCCCAUGGCUCCUCCAGACCCGGAGCCGGCCAAAGAUCAGGGCGAGGUCGACUGUGGCCCCUGUCCUUCUGUGCCUGAUUAUAUACUACUGCUGAAAGCCACCUCUGCCGCUACCCUGAGCUGCCUUGGCGAGUGCCUGAAUAUAUUACAGCAGAGCGCCGGACACAACCACGGGCUGCCCUCUGGUGAGUCCAAUACGGACACCCUACAGACGCCCAUGGCUCCUCCAGACCCGGAGCCGGCCAAAGAUCAGGGCGAGGUCGACUGCGGCCCCUGUCCGUAUCUAACGGACCCCAUGCAGCUAAACAUCUCAGGACUAUUGUGGACUAGUUAUAUAUAUAUAUAUAUAUUGAGGGGGCGGGGCCUGCAGAUCCAAACAGGAGGGAAACGCCAAUCAGAUAAUGUUCCCACGUGGACCGUCCCAAAGUCGCCCUCAGGAGAACGUCUGAGGAGCGGCGGUGCUACUACCCUGAGCUCCACUGAGCCCUCGCCCACCCUCAGGAAAACAAUCCUGCUGCAGAACCCUGAGGAUGGGACGGAGGUGAUUUCUCCUGAAGAGGAGGUGAUGGAUUCAGAUGAUAACACUGAAGAUGAUCUGUGUGUGUUGGAUGACCAGAGGAGUGUCAUUCUGCAUCUGCUGUCUCAGCUCAAACUGGGCAUGGAUCUCACACGCGUUGUUCUUCCCACCUUCAUCCUGGAGAAGCGUUCACUACUGGAGAUGUACGCUAACUUCAUGGCGCACCCAGACCUGUUCCUGUCCAUCUCCGCCGGAAGCACCCCGGAGGAGCGUAUGGUGCGUUUUGUCGAGUAUUACAUGACCGCCUUCCAUGAAGGACGUAAGGGCGCCGUCGCCAAGAAGCCCUACAACCCGGUGCUAGGAGAGUCCUUCCACUGCUCGUGGGAGGUUCCACGAGAUCCCGUCCGCCCUCUGAGGACUGAGACGAGCCCCAGGACCAAUCAGGAGACUGAGACGAGCCCCAGGACCAAUCAGGAGUCAGACUCUUACAGGGUGCGUUUUGUGGCGGAGCAGGUUUCCCAUCAUCCUCCGGUGUCGGGGUUUUACUGCGAGUGUGCGGAGAGAGGCAUGUGCGUCAACACACACAUCUGGACCAAGAGCAAGUUCAUGGGCAUGUCAGUGGGCGUCUCUAUGGUGGGCGAAGGUGUGUUGUACCUGCGUGAUCACGGGGAGGAGUAUGUGUUUACAUUCCCGAGUGCAUACGCUCGAUCCAUCCUCACCGUGCCGUGGGUGGAGCUCGGAGGUAAGGUCACCAUCAGCUGCGCCAAGACCGGAUACUCGGCCAACGUUACAUUCCACACCAAACCCUUGUAUGGGGGCAAAGUUCACAGGGUCAGCGCAGAGGUGAAGCAGAACUCCAGCGGGAUGGUGGUGUGUAAAGCUCAGGGCGAGUGGAACGGGACGCUUGAGUUCAUCUACAGCGGCGGAGAGACCAAAGUCAUCGACACCAACAAACUGCCCGUCAUCAGGAAGAUGAUUCGCCCUGUGGAGAAACAGGGCCAGAGCGAGUCCAGGCGUCUCUGGCAGCAUAUGACUGCGGCGCUGAAGGAAGGGAAUGUUGAUCUGGCCACUGAACACAAGCAUGUGUUAGAGGAAGACCAGCGAUCAGACGAGAGACAGAGAGCCGCCAACAACAUGCCCUGGAAACCCAAAUACUUCAACAAAGAGGGUGACGGAUGGGUCUACAGAAACCCCUUAUGGAGAACACACUGAAGAAAGGAAGACCAACUCCGAUGAGAUGAACACAGGGACUGAAAACAAACAGCAAAAAUCAAAGCCAGGAGAAUAAUGUUGCAUUAUUAUGCAUCACACUAUAGACCAGUGUUUCCCAACCG